UAAUUGUUCGGGACCUGUUUAGACCCAAGGCGGAGCGCAGCGACGCCCGAGGUGGGGCCUUCCGUCUGGAGGACGACCCCCGCUGGGCCCUGGGGAAGGGGACCUCCUUUCCCGCGGUGAAGUAUCCGCGGUCUUUCGCCUGCGGGCGGGGCGGGGGGCUAGCCUUGCAGCGGAAAAGACCGGGGCUGUAGGUUUGGACCCCCAGGAAAGUGGGGCCCUGGUAUCCUGGCUUGGAGGUUUGCCAGGCUGCCCGCGCCCUGCGGCCUCUACCAGGUCUUGGAAGAGGCGUGGGCCGACUCAAGUCGCUGUUUUAAGGGCAAAGCAGCGUCGAUCGCGGGCGCCCCGAGGCCCAGGCCCUUUGGGCCCUAACAAUUGCCGGGGAGAUCACGUGUCCGGGUGCGCCCCUUCCUGGAGAUUAGCCAAUCCCUGGGAGCCUCCGGUGGAAGGGGUUGGCUCACCCGCCUGUGUGUUUCUCCUUCCCUGCGACGGCAGCCGGUCGAGGCCGAGGCGAUGCAUCUCAGCAGCUCCAAGAGCGGCGUAGUCCUGGCUCCGGUGUCCCGAGGUCCCGAUGCCUGUCAGAUGGCGACCAGAGCCCAGCUCGGCCAGGACCCCCCGCAAAGAACAGUGCUAGGGGUGCUGACCGAGAAUGUGCAGUACCGGAGCGGCCAGGGGAUCCCCACGGUGAGGUACUUCUCGGGGUCGGAGAAUGCCUUCCCCGAGGCCGCGCCGAAAGCACAGCCCACCUGUGGGACCCACGUGCCAGCCAGGCCGGGGUUCGACGUCCACAUGGCCGAGCCAGAGGACGGCCCUGGCGGCACCGGCAGCGACGGGGCAGCCUUUGGGGACGCGUACGAGGUGGACACCAGCGCGCUGAAGUCAGACCUGCACUUCCUGCUGGACUUCAGCGCCGUGUCCCCUAUGCUGGUGGACGCCGCUCUCCACUCCCCGGCCGAGGCGGCGUCCGACUGGGGCGCCGACGUGAUCAGCGUGACGGAGUACGCCGAGGAAAUCCACCAGUACCUGCGGGAGGCCGAGACGCGGCACCGGCCCAAGGCGCACUACCUGCGGAAGCAGCCCGACAUCACGGACGGCAUGCGCCGCAUCCUGGUGGACUGGCUGGUGGAGGUGGCCGAGGAGUACCAGCUGCGUGCCGAGACCCUCUACCUGGCCGUCAACUUCCUGGACCGCUUCCUGUCCUGCAUGUCUGUCCUGAGAGGCAAGCUGCAGCUCGUGGGGACGGCGGCCAUCCUCCUGGCCGCGAAGUACGAGGAGAUCUACCCGCCCGAGGUGGACGAGUUCGUGUACAUAACGGACGACACGUACACGAAGCGGCAGCUGCUGAGGAUGGAGCACCUGCUCCUGAAGGUGCUGGCCUUCGACCUGACCGUGCCCACCGCCCACCAGUUCCUGCUGCAGUACCUGCGGCGCCAGGGGGUGUGCGGCAGGACCGAGAACCUGGCCAAGUACGUCGCAGAGCUGAGUCUGCUGGAGGCCGACCCGUUCCUGAAGUACCUGCCCUCCCUGGUCGCGGCGGCGGCCUACUGCCUGGCGAACUACACGGUCAACAGGCACUUCUGGCCGGAGACCCUGGCCGCCUUCACGGGCUACUCGCUGAGCGAGAUCGGGCCCUGCCUGAGCGAGCUGCACAGAGCCUGCCUGGACGCGCCACGCCGGCCCCAGCAAGCCGUCCGGGAGAAGUACAAGGCCUCCAAGUACCUGCACGUGUCCCUGCUGGAGCCGCCGGCCGUCCUCCCCCUGCAGUGAGCGCCGGGGCUGCAGCGCCUGCGGAGGGAGCCCCCAGACCAGCGGACCCGCCC